UUUUGCAACCAAGAUGACGAGCAACACCAGGUACAAGAGCCGAGCACUUAGAUCAGAGGAUGGAAGAGAGGAGAAGGAGUAUGUGGGGUUUGCCACCCUCCCCAACCAGGUCCACAGGAAGUCAGUCAAGAAGGGGUUUGACUUCACCCUCAUGGUGGCAGGAGAGUCUGGUCUGGGUAAAUCUACUCUGGUCAACAGCCUUUUCCUCACAGACCUGCACAAGGACAGGAAACUCCUCAAUGCCGAGGAGCGUAUCAGUCAGACAGUGGAGAUCACUAAGCACACGGUGGACAUAGAGGAAAAAGGAGUUAAACUGAAACUGACCAUCGUAGAUACACCAGGGUUUGGAGACGCAGUCAACAACACUGAGUGUUGGAGGCCAAUCACAGAUUACAUUGACCAGCAGUUUGAGCAGUACUUCAGAGAUGAGAGUGGACUGAACAGGAAGAAUAUCCAGGACAACAGAGUCCACUGCUGCCUCUACUUCAUACCCCCCUUUGGACACGGGCUUCGUCCAGUAGAUAUAGAGUUUAUGAAGGCACUGCAGGACAAGGUCAACGUGGUUCCUCUCAUCUCUAAAUCUGACUGCCUUACUCCCAACGAGAUCAGGAAACUUAAAGACCGGGUCCGUGAGGAGAUAGAUAAGUUUGGGAUAAAGGUGUACCAGUUCCCAGACUGCGACUCUGAUGAGGAUGAGGAGGCCAAACAGAAGGACAGAGAACUCAAGGAGAGCACUCCGUUUGCUGUGAUCGGCAGUAACAUGGUGGUGGAGACCAGAGGUCAGAAAGUCAGAGGAAGACUCUACCCCUGGGGCAUUGUAGAGGUGGAGAACCAGUCUCACUGUGACUUUGUGAAGCUGAGGACCAUGCUGAUCAGGACCCACAUGCAUGACCUGAAGGACAUCACCUGUGACUGUCACUAUGAGAACUACAGGGCUCAUUGUAUACACACCAUGACCAGUAAAAUGAAUACAGAUAAUCGUGUGGAGAGCCCGAUUCCCAUCCUACCCUUGUCCACCCCAGACGUGGAGACAGAGAAACUCAUCAAGAUGAAGGACGAGGAGUUGAGGAGGAUGCAGGAGAUGCUUCAGAAGAUGCAGCAGCAGAUGCAGCAUGAGCAAGACCUGUGAGCCCUGACCCCUAACCUCUCACUCCUGACCUCUCACCUCUCUCUUCUCACCUAAUGAUAUGUGGAACGACUAACACAGGGUCAAUCACAUGCUGGCCAAUCACACUGCAACCUCACUCCAACUGAAACAGUACAAUUCUACCUGGAUGUUCUGAAAUAUUACACUCUCUUCUCAAUAAUAUGCAUCCCUAACAGAGACACUGGACACAGGGUAAAUCCAACACCAAACACUCUGGAUGGGUCACACACCCUACACUGGAGAAACACUUUUAAACAGGGACAAACAUUUUGUCAACGAUUUGUUGGUGUUGUGAACCCCCCCCCCCCCCCCCCCAAAAGCGAUGCUUUGUUGGAUGCAGUCAGAGGCCAAGACUAUAGCCAAGCAUUAUAGCAUUAUAGUAGAUUUGCACCUUAGAUUUCAGUUGGUGUCCAAGCUUGUUUUUGUAUUCAAGGGAAGUAGUUUGGUACUGAAUUAGACUGUUUAUGAUUAUUGUUGAAUAUGUAUUUUGCACUCUACUGGCUCACACAGUUAAAAUGUGGGUCAGAUUAAUUUAUUCUGUUUAUAACAUUAUUCAUGUUGAGUUGUGGGUUAUUUAUUCACAUUUAAAUGUGUGUAUGAGAGAGAAAGAGAGAGAAAGUGAAGAGUGAUUACAGUAUGUGAGUGUGUGUGUGCAUGUAUGUGUGUAUAUUUUUGUGUGUGUAAGAGAAGGAGAGAGUGUCUCUAAGUCAGCAUUGACAUAGAGACAGGCCACAGUGUCAUUUCCUGUCCAACAGAAGUUAUGAGACAAACCAAAGUUUGGAGAGAUUCUCAAUCCUUCUUGUCCCUUUGCUCCGUUGACAGAAUAGCUUCUGUCUCUGAGGGUUCUCUUAUGGAACAAGGGCAGCGUGUUGCAGCACAAUCAAUGUUCUGAGAGUCUACUGAAGAUUCUAGGAGAUAAACACAUUAGAUCAAAUUUCACUUGAGAAGAUUAGAUUACAUCCUGGAAAAUACUGUGUGUGUGUGUGUGUGUGUGUGUGUGUGUGUGUGUGUGUGUGUGUGUGUGUGUGUGUGUGUGUGUGUGUGUGUGUGUGUGUGUGUGUGUGUGUGUGUGUGUGUGUGUGUGUGUGUGUGUGUGUGUGUGUGUGUGUGUGUGUGUGUGUGUGUGUGGAGAUGUGUAUGUGUGCACCUGUGUGUUAAUGUGGUGUUGAUUAGCCUGUAUGAUGGUCCAUCCCGUUGUAGUACGUAACAUAGAUUAAUAGAUAGAUUAAUCUCUCAGCAUGGUCAAGGUUGUGUCCACACAGACACGGUGAUGUCUCACACUGGUGCAUAUCACUCAAUAAAAGCCCACUGUUGUACCUUU